AUGGCUGCCUCCUUCGCCCGCCUCGCGGGCAAUGCGCCCAAAAGGCUCUGCCUCCGCCCCUCCACCUUGCUCAACACAUCUGUGCCCCGAUCUCGCUCUAUAGCGACCACGAUUCCUCGCCGUCACGCUGAGGCGUCUAGCUACCAGGCCACAAGACUUGUUCCGACCGACCCGACCUUCACCCACUUCGCCAACAAGGGGUCUCCCGAGGACCCAGAGGCUGCUGGUCUCGAAUCCGAGGCCGAAGGCAUUGACCGCAAGAUCCGUCACUACACCGUCAACUUUGGUCCCCAGCACCCAGCUGCUCACGGUGUGCUCCGAUUGAUUCUGGAACUCAAUGGCGAGGAGAUCGUUCGCGCCGAUCCCCACGUCGGUCUGCUUCACCGUGGUACCGAGAAGUUGAUCGAGUACAAGACCUACAUGCAGGCCCUGCCUUACUUCGACCGAUUGGAUUACGUCUCCAUGAUGACCAACGAGCAGUGCUUUUCCCUCGCUGUUGAGAAGCUGCUGAACGUCGAGAUCCCUGAGCGUGCUAAGUGGAUUCGAACCCUGUUCGGCGAGCUCACCCGUGUUUUGAACCACCUCAUGUCUGUGCUCUCGCACGCCAUGGACGUUGGUGCCCUGACUCCUUUCCUGUGGGGUUUCGAGGAGCGUGAGAAGCUCAUGGAAUUCUACGAACGUGUUUCCGGUGCCCGUCUCCACGCUGCCUAUGUCCGUCCCGGCGGUGUGUCUCAGGAUAUCCCUCUCGGCCUUCUGGAUGACAUCUACCAGUGGGCUACCCAGUUCGGUGACCGUAUCGACGAGACCGAGGAGCUGCUCACGGAUAACCGUAUCUGGAAGGCCAGAACCCAAGGUGUUGGAGUCGUCAACGCUACUGAUGCUCUGAACAUGAGUUUCACUGGUGUCAUGCUCCGUGGCUCCGGUGUCCCGUGGGAUAUCCGUAAGUCCCAGCCUUAUGAUGCCUAUGACCAGGUCGAGUUCGAUGUCCCCGUUGGUGUCAACGGUGACUGCUAUGACCGUUAUCUGUGCCGUAUGGAGGAGUUCCGCCAAUCCCUCCGCAUUAUCCAACAGUGCCUGAAUAAGAUGCCUGCCGGCCCGGUGCGCGUUGAAGACUACAAGAUUUCGCCACCUCCUCGGGCUGCCAUGAAGGAGAACAUGGAAGCUCUGAUCCACCACUUCCUGCUCUUCACUAAGGGUUACUCCGUUCCUCCUGGUGAGACCUACUCGGCUAUUGAGGCUCCCAAGGGUGAGAUGGGUGUCUUCUUGGUCAGUGACGGUAGCGAGCGUCCCUACCGCUGCAAGAUCCGUGCCCCCGGUUUUGCCCACCUGGGUGGCUUUGACCAGGUGUCUCGUGGUCACCUUUUGGCCGAUGCCGUCGCUAUCAUCGGUAAGUGUCUUUGUUUGAUGUUCACUCAGACCCUGCUAAUUCUUGCUCCUCUAGGUACCAUGGAUUUGGUGUUCGGUGAGGUUGACCGGUAA